AUGAUACAGCCUGCUAGUAAAAAAGUUGCUCCAGCUCCAUUAUCUUCAAAAAACUCAAAAUCUGCUAAAGGUUCAAAAAACCCAUUAGUUGAAUCAAAACCAAAGAAAUUUGGUAUUGGUCAAAACAUUCAACCAAAAAGAAACUUAUCAAGAUUUGUUAAAUGGCCAGAAUAUGUCAGAUUACAAAGACAAAGAAAGAUCUUAUCUUUAAGAUUAAAAGUUCCACCAGCAAUUGCUCAAUUCCAACAUACUUUAGAUAGAAACACUGCUGCUCAAGCUUUCAAAUUAUUCAACAAAUACAGACCAGAAACUUCUGCUCAAAAGAAAGAAAGAUUAACCAAAGAAGCCGCUGCCAUUGCUGAAGGUAAAUCAAGACAAGAAGCUUCAGAAAAACCAUAUGUUGUUAAAUACGGUUUAAACCAUGUUGUUUCUUUAAUUGAAAACAAAAAAGCUAAAUUAGUCUUAAUCGCUAAUGAUGUUGAUCCAAUUGAAUUAGUUAUCUUCUUACCAGCUUUAUGCAGAAAAUUAGGUAUUCCAUAUGCUAUUGUUAAAGGUAAAGCUAGAUUAGGUACUUUAGUUCACUUAAAAACUGCUUCAGUUGCUGCUUUAACCGAAGUUAAAGCUGAAGAUGAAGGUGCUUUAGCUACUUUAGUCUCAACUGUUACUGCUAACUUUAAUGAUACAUUUGAUGAAACCAGAAAACACUGGGGUGGUGGUAUCUUAGGUGCUAAAUCACAAUCUAAAUCAGCUAAAAGAGCCGCUGCUGCUGCUAAAGCUUAA